GGGGAGCACGUUUUGAAGGUAAAUUAAACUACAAUUUGAGAAAGCAGGUACACACUCUGAAAUCAGAUAAGAUUUAUAACAAAUUUUAUGAAAUCCUUGUUCAAAACUUUGACGUUUACAAAAUAUUUUCUGCCAUUAUCUAGCGCGCACAUAUUCGAUAGUGCGUCAUACUCAAGUGACUCGACGAGUUAUUCCAUUAUUCCGAUCAGUGCAAACAAACACUCGACUUAAAUAAACAAAUUUGAAAUAAAUAUUUUUCCUGUCGACCAUUUUCCGGAGAUAGCGAGCUGAUUGAAUUUAAUAAAAACAUGCGAUUAUCGAAAGUGGCAGGGUAACUGGAAAAAUGUUGUCCGAAGCGGUGCUGGUAUGCUUAGCUCUUUUCGGAUUCCAAAGGGGAAUCGCAUUCAAAUUUGCGGAUUCGGACUGUACGGUGACCGACUUCGGUCAACUUAGCAACGCCGUUGCCAAAUGCAGCCAGCUUUCGGUCAAAGAUUUAACGGUACCGGCGGGUAAGUCGUUGGAAAUAAACUUGCUGAAAGGUGCCACGUUGACUUUCGAAGGGACUAUAAAGUUUGACUACGAAGAAUGGGACGGUCCUUUGGUGAGAAUCGGCGGGGAAGAUAUAACGGUGAUAGGUGCACCAGGGCACGUACUUGACGGGCAAGGUGCGCUCUAUUGGGACGGCAAAGGGUCGGACGGCAUUUCCAAACCGAAAUUUUUCAAAAUCGAUGCCGCGUACUCUGCUACAUUUUCAAAUAUCAACAUCCUGAACUGUCCUAAACAUUGCACGUCUUUGUCCAACUCGAGAGAUGUCACCGUUUCUGGAUGGAACAUCGAUAUAUCUGCCGGAGAUAAGACUAUUACUGGCAGCAAGAAGGAAGCCAAAAACACCGACGGAUUCGACGUGACAAACGUCACGAACCUGGUUAUCAAGGACAGCGUCGUAAAAAACCAAGAUGACUGCGUCGCAGUCAACCAAGGCCACGCCAUGUACUUUACCAAUCUCGAGUGUACAGGGGGACACGGUCUGAGUUUAUCGGUUGGAUUUAGCACCACAUCCGUCGAGGAUAACACGGUCACCAAUGUCACCUUCACAGAUAGCAAGGUGAUAGACUCGCGCAACGCCAUCCACAUCAAAACUCACAGAGACGCCGGAGAUGGAGCAAUAAAAGAUAUAACCUACAAAAACAUCCAGUUCGACGGGGUCCUGCAUUAUGGCAUAAACGUGGAACAGAAUUACUACAAGGGAAGUGGGAAGGGCGAUCCGGCCAGUAACAUCCCAAUAACGAAUUUAGUGAUCGAUCACGUAAACGGCAGCCUUCAUUCGAAAGAAGCGAUGCCCGUGUAUAUUCUGUGUGGUGCUACGGGCUGCAGCGAUUGGCAUUGGUCUGAAGUGACGAUAAGCGGUGGGGGGGAGGAGAGUAGCUGCAAUUUCGAACCUACUGGUUAUACGUGUUAACUGUGAUAAAUAUAAGUGUGCGUAAUAUAUUUUCAUUGUUGAUAAUUUUAACCAAACUCUUCUUC